ACAAUCGCUUCAUAUAUUUUGUUCAGUAUCUUCCAUUGUUUGGCAUUUUAAUAUUGAAACGAAACAAUGUAUAAGCAAUAAGUGUGGAAAAUUCAAAAAGUAAUUAAAAUCAAUAAAAAUUCCAGUUGCUGAUUUUUUGGAUAUUACAUCAGUGUGCAGAAUAGCUUUGAAUAGUUUAUGAUUUCGGGGAAAAUAAUUGCUUUGAUCGUCCAUCAUGCGAAGGUUUAACCGAAAACUGAAUGCUUAUAAAAACAAAAACCUCAACCGAAUUCCCAUUCGCACAUUGAAGGUUGCACCGCUUCAACUCCACGUUAAUCGGAUUAAAAAGUAUUUUCAGCGAUUUGGUGAAGUGGAAUGCGUUCGAACUCACGGAAAAACUGUGGCAUUUGUCCAAUUUAAAAUGGUUCAAAGUGCAUAUGAUGCGCUGGAAGAGCGUUUACAAUAUAUCGAAAAUCGAAUGGUUCAAAUUGAAGCCGCUAGCUACUGUCAACAACCCAAUAAUAUACCAGAGCUGCAAAAUCCCAACCUAUUAAUCGCACCAGACCAAGAUGCUCCAUCAAAUAUCAUCAAUGCACUCAAUGACGAUUGUAUGCGUAAGAUCUUCGGAAAUUUUGAUUUGACUGAAUUGUCCAAUGUUGGCGCCGUGUGCUCUUGGUUCAAUGCACACGCCAAAGAGGCAUUUUCAAAGAAGUAUAAGAAUUUGGAACUGAAUCCUCUACCGAUGGAUAUACCUGAAAUGAAAACAAAUGAAAUUGAAAACAUUUUCAAAUAUUUGGGCACCGAAAUUCAGACGUUAAAAGUUGACGCAUGGAGAUUCGAAUCAGAUGUCCCCUUCGUACAAAUACUUGGAAAAUAUUGGUUAAAAAAGUUGAAAUAUCUCCAAUUAGAUGGUUUUGAUUUAAAGGGGAACCUCAACGAACUUCGUUCACUGUUGUCGCAAUUGGAAAACUUAAAAUUAAACCAUUGCGAGUACAAUAAUGAUAUGCAAGACAUAUUGACCACAUUCACGGAAAAAAUUAUAGACUGACUAUAAAUAAGAUGUAGUAAUGUAUGCAUAAAAUAAAUGCAAUAAAUAUUGUGUUAAAAAUGUGAAAAAUUAAAUAUUUA